UUAUGCCGUUUUCUUUUACAGAGCACAGUGAGAAAGAGAAACUGGAGACGGACGCCAUGUUUAAAUUAGAUCAUGGAGGAAAGGAUAAAGAAAAGUUACGUGCUGCCAUCCCGUCUCUCAAUGAGCUUCAAGAGCAGCAGUCCGGGUGGAAAGACGACUUUCAGCUUAACAGCGCCCUCCGCCGGAAGUUCAGGUCUGAGAAGAAAGUGAUUGCUGAGGAGGAGGAGAAAGACAAUGCAGUGCGAAUGAGGACUGGUCUGUCAAUCCCCUUGUUACCGGAAAGAGAAGAAGAUAAGAAACUGGCAUCACUGCUCACCUUCCAGAGCCCUGACUGUGAGUUUGACCCAAAUGAAUAUUUUAAUUGGAUUGAUCUUUUUAUAUUUCUGCAUAUGAUGUCUCGUUCCUGGUUCAUUAGCCCGUCUUCAGCAGCAGGGGGAGCCGCUGGGAGCCUCUUGCAGAAGUUAGGCCAGCAGGGUCGAGGAGCAGCCGUGGCUAAAGCACUCAGCUCUACGACACCCAGUUCGCACAUCCUGGUACGCAGGAAGUCAGAAAGCAGCAAGACUGAAACCGCCGGCAUCAUGACCUCCAGCUCGUCCCCUGCUGCUAACUCAGCAGCUGUAGACACAAACCCCACGGACUCGCUUUCUCCUCUCACAAAUAACAUGAAUUCCUGCACAGACACAAACACUCACAGCUGCACUUUAGAGAAACACAAAGGAAGCCCCUCAGAGGAGGACAAAGGCUUUGACUUGUGUGCUGGAAAGUCUCUGGUUGCAGACUACAGUGACUCUGACUCGGGCAGUGAGGUUUGAUUUAGACCAGAAGUUGAAUUUACAUAGCUGUAAAUCCUACAGUAUCAACAUGUAUAUUAAACAAUUAGUCAUUAUUUACCAAAAAAAUAAACUCUUCCAUAUUGAAGAGUGUGUCAGGGUUUUCUUUUUUAACUUUCAAGCUUUGAGCAUUGAAUUUGUUGUUUUACUCCCUACAAAUGCAGUCAUAAACCUCGGGACAAAAGGCGUUAGAGUUGGAGCCCAAAAUCACAUACCAAGUAGGUACUAAUUUUGAUAAAUUUUGCUACCAUUAGAAAAUGUUUUAUGUAAAAUAUGUGUAGUAUGAAAGAAAUACAGGCAUACUACAUCCA